UAACUCUACUUAAAAAAAGGGUUCCUUUAGGCGACUUACCUAAGGUUUGAAUCGCCGUGGGAACUUUGAAGCUUGCAAUUGCUUCGCUCAACUCCCCACAACCCACAGGCCACGGGCCACAACGCAAUGGCGAGCAUCGAUCGAUACCGACCUCCUCAACGGGAAUCAUAUCAAUUUCCACCUGCACCUUCUAGCAAAACCAGUCUUAAUAGUUCUUCAAAGUCGCCAUCUAGAAGACGCGACAUCCCUCCCCCGGCUCCUUCACCACCUACGAACUCGUCGCGCACAUCCCCUCCGAGACCACAGUCGCGACGAAGCGCGCCAUCUCCUACCCGCUCAGCAACUAGGACACCCCUCACCAUGCCAAAUCAAUGGUAUUUUAGCCAGGACGAGGUCCUCAGCAGCCCUAGCAUCUUGGAUGGAUUGUCGCCACAAGAGGAGAGGUUAAGGCGAGCAAAAGGCGUCAACUUUAUAUACCAAGCUGGCAUUCUGCUCGAACUUCCUCAGACUACACUCUACGUUGCCGGCGUGUUCUUUCACCGAUUCUUCAUGAGAUGCAGCAUGGUUGAGGAAAAACACGGGAUACACCACUAUAACAUCGCUGCGACUGCGCUUUUCCUAGCGAACAAGACGGAAGAGAACUGCCGCAAGACCAAAGACAUUAUUAUCGCAGUUGCAAAAGUCGCACAGAAGAAUGUUAAGCUCAUCGUAGAUGAGCAAUCUAAAGAAUACUGGAGAUGGCGUGACAGUAUCCUCAUGUUUGAGGAGGUUAUGCUGGAGAACUUAACCUUCGACCUCAUGAUUGAAAGCCCGCACUUUAAGUUAUACGACUUCCUUGGUCAACUACAGUCGAUCCACAAUAAGAACCUGCGACAUGCCGCUUGGGCCUUCUUAAACGACUCAUGCCUAACUACGCUGCCACUCCUCAUGGACGCGCGCGAUAUCGCCAUCGCAGCUAUCUUCUUCUCCAGCGUUUUCACUGGGGAGCGGAUAGAAGACGUGAACGGUGAGGCAUGGUGGAAGGCGCUAAAUGGCAACGAGGAUAACUGUGCGAAGGCAAUACUUGUUCUCAAAGACUUCUACAUCGAGAACCCCCUACGCAAGCAGGAGAAUCCAUAUUCGCAGUCUCCUGUCUUUAUCCUCGAUAGUACUCGAAGAAGAGGCGAGGACAUCGAUAUACGUUCAACUAAUGGCACUCCUAGAACCGAUAGUGCUACUCAGAGCCCCAGGGGCAAAGUUAGCAGUGUUGACGAAGCAGCAGCAGAAAGAGAAAUCGACGCGGCUGCUGCCGAGUCCGCCUCCCAGGCUGCCCCGGGUGAUUCAGACGUCGUCUUAAAAGAAGCAGCGAAUAAUCCUGGUACCCACCCAGGGACUAAUGGUACUAAGCGGAAAGAAGUCGAAUCGCUCGCAUCAGAGAGCCGGGACCCGAAACGGCAACGUCUUAGCUCGGAUGACGACGAGGGUGAGGUGUAUGAAUAGGGAACUGCAUCAUCCCAGGACGACGAGUCGGAAGGGGAUAAUCAAGGGGAAGAGGAACGACCUAAGUUUGAGUCCGAGUCCGAGUUUGAGCCUGAGCCUGAGCCUGUGGCCUUGGGUGUAGGUGAAUCCGACUCAGGAUAUGCAGCAUCGGACGAUGAAUAACGUUUAAAACGCUUUUUACGCGUUUUCGAGUAUCGUGGAACCCAGAUAUUUUCCAAGUUACUAUAUCACGAAACAAGCCUACCUAUUCCGGUUCAGAUUUCUACAUUUGGAUAGCCGGCGCGAUUUCGAUCUCUACUACUACUACUACUACCAAACCUGUAAUAUGAUUUACGCACUGGUUAAGGUUAUAGGGGUAAAUCUGCCGGACUAAGGGAGCAAAAGGCAAUACGUUCGGAAAUACCUGGUUUGGGUCUUUUUUUCCUUGUUUCCUACACGAGCCUUAAGGCUGCAUGCGGCGUUCUCGGCUCAAGGGCAACAGCGGAGUUAAUCGCGGCACAUUCUGACUUCUCUCGAGGCGAGGGGGCGGCGCGGUGCCGUUUUAUUUUCUUCUAGGUUAGGUCUGCAAUACCUCUGUUACAUUACGUUCUACGGUCAGGUUGUUGUACAGUAGAAUGGCAUAGGUGCAUUGCAUUGUGAGGGUGUGAGGGGGUUUGUAGCAGAGGUAUCUAUCUCCUUAGGGGGGGAGGGUGGCUAAGUGAUACCGGGCUUUUUGAUAGGCUUCGAGCUAUUGAAUGCAUA